UCCUUAUCAUCAACUUUCUCUCUUUUUCUCUCACUCUCACGACCUAAAGCACGUAACUUUGAACAUUCCCAGUCGUUUUUAAUGCGUCUUCCUUCCGAGUGAAAGUUUUCGUCCUCCUUUUUGUUUCUAUCCAGUCUUUCACUCUUCAGCCAACCCUCAUCAUCAGCUAUCUUAAUCAUCAUCAUCAUCAUCAUCAUCGCCAUCAUCACUUUUGUUACCUUCUAGGUUUGAUAACAAAUCAGUCUGAUUGGGAGAUUAAAGUUGUUCACAAUCAGCAGAUUAACGUUUCCCUUAACCAUUUGUUUUGACUCUCACAGAGUGUCUCAUCCUUUGAGUCAUUGUCAAUCCAUUUUACUGUUGUGGGUAACAUUUAAAACCAUUGAAAUCAUCAUUGCUUUACCAAAAUCCUAUUACAAAUCAACUAUCAAAAUUAGCUGCUUCAGUUAACGUUUUAACUACUAUUUAAAACCAUGAAUCUAUUUGAUUAUAUGAUGUGCUUUUUUGUCUCUAAUUGUAUCCGACCAAUGCCUGAAGGACCUCAUCAAGUUCAUCUUUCCCUUAAUGAUGAGGCAACAUCCAUAACUGUCAGCUGGACUGAUUUGAAACCUUUCCAAGAACCAACAGUUAAAUGGGGAUUAGAAAGAGAUCAAUUAUCUAAUCAAUCGGGUGGACAUUUAAGACGAUUUGGUUCCUUUGGCCGUGAUAUUUUUAGCUAUUGGGCUGUAAUGCGCAAUCUAGAACCUGACACAACUUAUUACUAUCAAGUUGGUUCUAAGAGUCGGCUAAGUCCCGUUUAUAGCUUUAGGACGUUACCUUCUGGAACCAAUUGGUCACCUAGAAUAGCUAUUUUUGGUGAUCUCGGACUUAAAAAUGGUCAAGCCAUUCCUGUUCUUAACAAUCGCUCUGUGUCUGGUGAUUUUGAUUUGGUCGCUCACAUAGGAGACAUUGCUUAUGAUUUAUAUUCAAGCCAUGGGAUUAUUGGUGAUGAAUUUAUGCAAGCCAUUGAACCAAUGACAUCUUCUGUUCCUUACAUGGUUGUUCCUGGAAAUCAUGAAUAUCUUCCCAUCAUUGGAGAUUCUGGUGUUGCUUAUAAAUAUCGUUAUAAAAUGCCUGGUGAAUCUAAUGACAUGUAUACAUUUACUGUGGGACCCAUACUUUUCAUCACAAUAUCAACUGAAUUUUAUUAUUAUCUGGAAGGUGGAGGAGCUAAAAAGGUUGCAGAACAGAGAGAUUGGCUUGAAAAUGUUUUAACAGAAGCCAAUCAACCUGAAAAUCGAGCAAAACAUCCAUGGAUAAUUGUGCUAGGACAUAGACCUUUUUACUGUUCAAGUUCAAGGUUUGGUCGAUGUCCAGGAGGAACAACUUGGAUACGUACUGGGUCCAACUAUUUGGGUAAAGGAUUGGAAGACUUGUUUUACAAAGGAGGUGUCGAUCUUGUCUUUGGUGGACACAAUCAUCAAUAUGAGCGAAUGUAUCCCGUCUAUGAUCUAAAGAUAAGUGGAUCAUCGACACCCUACCUAAACCCAAAUGCAACAACUUAUAUUAUAUCAGGAUCAGCGGGUAAUCAAGAAGAUUUAGAUGGUUUUAAGGAAGAUCCACCGGUUUGGAGUGCCUUUAGAAACUCUGAAUACAGCUAUACACAAUUGACUGCUUUCAAUUCAACUCACUUGAUGCUACAACAAAUCUCUGUACCUAGUGAGACCGUAAUUGACUCUGUGAUAAUUACCCAGCGAAACCACCGACCUUUUGAUCAGCCAUAGAUGAAAAUCACAAGCCAUUUGCCAAAGAAAUUAAAUUUUUACUAUUUUUUCAAGCCAAGUGAUUUUUACGUUAUUUGCUAUAAAUAUCGGUAUUUGUCAUUUUAACCGAUACAAGGAUUCAAAUUGAAAGACAUUCCUUCAAAGAUCUCAAAUCUUAUUUUAUACAUUUGAACAUAAUUUUUACAAUGUUAAUCUAUCUUGUUACCAAUUUUAUAUUUCAUGUUGUGACGUUUUUCUUACCUUUGUUAAUCAUUAUUAUCUCAAUUUGAAAUAAAACCGAAAGAAAUUAAAAGUCAGUACAUUUGCAAAAGCGAACUCCUCUUUAUUAUAGUCUACAUAAUUUCUGUAUUUUUUUACAAAUAUUAAUUUCAUUCAUUUUUGGACCAAAAUCAAAACAUAAUAUCAGAGAUUUCAAGUCUCUUAUUCAAUUUUACACAUUAAUUGAGUAAAUAAAAGUUUUAUUUGAGAGUUAUUCUUUUUUUUGCACUUCAGUUCCACUCUAAAGAUUAUUUUAUCAUUUCCGAUGAUUAAUUUGAUUUACAUGUACUUUUUUGUUGUUUGGUUCACAAAUCAACUUUUGAGAAACACUGAAAGAGGUUAAGAUGAAGUUUACUCAAUAGAUAUCAUAUGGAAGGGUAAAUUGAUUAUUCCAAUGAGAUGAGUAAACCCAAGGGGACAGGAAAACAAAGAGUGAAAAGGUCAAGAACAGUUUCAGGUAAAUCAUCAUGGAUUGAUUAAUCAGUGACACUAUAGAGAAGAUUAAUUGGCAAUCAAAAAUAAUCAACACCACGAUGAAGGAGAACAUUAUUUACAUUGAAGAAAAGGAAAGAGUUUUUGAAGCUUUUCAAUUGAUAUUCCAUACAAACAUCAUUGUGCUAAGUUUGUAUGUUUGGUUUGCAAGCAAAAGGAUUAAAUUCAGAUGUUAACUAUUAUAUUUUUUGGUUUUUUAUAUUGAAUAAAUUUCAACAGUUCAAUGCUGAAAGAGUAAACUUAUCCAAUGAAUUGACUAUUGAUGAGCACAAUCUUAUUAAAGAUUUGGUGAAUCAAAAGAUCUAGAUUUGAUUUGUUGACAAACCAAAGAAUCUGAUUGACCGAAGAUUCAUAUUUGAAUUACUAUUACCAUGAUUAUGAACCCUGUCAACAAGCAAGUUUAAGGGCUCCACUUUUUUUUGAAUUCAAGUAUGAGAUAUAAAAAGAACCAUUAAUAUUGCAGAUUGUCUCCUUUAUUUUUGAUUUUUGGUGAUCAGGAAGGAGACGCAAUAAUAGGAUGAAUUAAAAAAAACAAGGGAUCAAAUGAUUAACAUUUUGUGCGAAAUAAAUGUAAGAAAAGAGAGAAAACAAUCAAAAUAUAUCUUACUAGUUGAGGUAAAUUUUGAUAUACCUCGGAUGUGAUCAGCAAUGAAUUCGUUUGUCAGUUGUGAUUUCUUUCAGAUAAAUAUAAAUUGAAUUUCAAAGACAUUGCAUAUUGAUGAGGUUGUUGAUGAUGAAGAUGAAAUUGAUAAAAAAAUGAAUAAAAUAAGACGAAUUGAAAUAAGUAAACAACCCAAAAUAAUUGUCAGCUCAAUUUUCAGGGCUAGGAUUUGAUGAGAAAAUUGAGAUUGUACCAUGUUAAACGACAACUAAUCAAUAGAUGAUCCUUUUUGUUUGUUGAUGAAAACGACAAUGAUGAUGGUGGUGAUACAGAUGAUACCAAUGAGCUGGAUAUGAUUGGGCUCCCUUUAAUCAACAUAUUCAGAUGAAAAGAGAUUGUUUCAAUGGCUUGACCAUUAAACA